ACCGUCAGUCACGAAGUUUGUUUUUUAAACACUCGUCCAGCCCCUAAACAUAAUUUACACUCAAACAAAUCCAUUUUUGUCGAAAUAGUGGCACAAUCGAUCCCCGAUCGCGUCCUGCCCUUACCGCCCCUCAAACGUCACUCUCCCGACAUCUUCUCGACCUUCGUAUUUUCGACCUGUCGCAUGUGUCCAAGUAAUAAUCGAAACAAAAAUUCCCCCCAGCCCGUGUAAAAUUCGCAGUGUCAGUGUCUAAAAAAUGUCAGCUCUGAACGAUAACGACAUUUACUCCCAAAAUUACAGCACCACAGACGCAGGUUUAGGCAGCUACAAGCCGUUCUCAUCCCCGUACCUCAACUUCGACCCCAGCUACUUACCGCAGACCCAGCCCGAGUUCAUUUUUCUGGAUGGAGCCAGCAAGCAGCGCGGCAGAUUUGAACUAGCCUUUGGACAGAUAGGGGGGUCGUGCAUGAUCGGGGCUUCCGUGGGCGGCGCGACGGGGUUCUACAACGGACUGAAAGCCACCACUUUGGCGGGACAGACGGGCAAAUUGAGGCGAACACAGUUGUUGAAUCACGUAAUGAAAAAGGGGAGCGCCACGGCGAACACGUGCGGCUCGAUAGCGGUGAUUUAUUCAGCUUUUGGGGUGUUCUUGCAGUGGGUGAGGGGGGCAGACGACGAUUUAAACACGGUGGUGGCGGCUACGGCGACCGGAUGCUUGUACAAGUCCACAGCUGGAUUGAGGAAGUGUGGGAUGGGUGGCGCUAUAGGAUUAGGAGUCUCAGUUUUAUAUUCCCUGUGGAACUCGAGAGAUAAGUUGUCUCACAUACUCCAGCUGAAUCCAGCGUUAACAUAAAUUUCGAUUGGCUAUCAAAUCUACCAUAAUUCUAUUUAGUUUUCGAACUGACGUCUAGUACAAUUUAUGUACAUAGUACACUGCUUGCCUUUCCAAUAGUGUCAUUAUCUAAAUUGGACAAGCGAAUUUUCGGUAGGGUAUAGAAAGUGAUAAACCGAUUUUAGUUACUUUUUUUAUACUUUCUAUUAACUUAUCUUUUCUGUAUAUAAUUUGUGCUGUGAUCUACUUGUUAAAAUAAAAGUUGCAACUUU